CUGGAGUCGGUGAAGUCCGCGACCGCACCCCUGCGGCCGCUGUGUUCCCAGGUCCUGGGUGAUGGAGAACGGAGCGGUGUACGGCCAGACCACGGAGGAGAACCCGGGCCCUGCCCGGGGCGCCCGGGGCGCCCUCGCCGCCUACUUCUUCCUGGGCCGGCUCAAGUGGCAUCGGCGCGUGCUCAAAAUCUUGCAGCUGGUGCUGUCUCUGCUGGCCUUCAUCUGUGAAGAAGUCGUGGCGCAAUGUACUUUGUGUGGAGGACUUUACUUUUUUGAAUUUGUGAGCUGCAGUGCCUCUCUUCUGAGUCUGCUCAUACUGAUCGUGUACUGCACUCCAGUUUAUGACAGAGUCGAUUCUGUAAAAGUCAAGGCAUCGGACUUCUAUAUUAUGUUGGGAACAGGAUGUGUGUUUUUACUGGCGUCCAGCAUUUUUGUUGCCACACAUGACAGGACCUCAGCUGAAUAUGCAGCAACUGUGUUUGGAUUUCUUGCAAGUUUUAUGUUCCUGUUUGACUUUUGCACUAUGGUCUAUGAAAAGCGACAGGAGUCCCACCUGAGAAAACCUGAGACUGCCCCCAGGGCCCUCACUCAACCACUUACUUCGUAAGGACUCUAGGGAGCAGGUGUUACAGAGGGUAGCGACUACGUGGUGCCUGAGCCCUGACAGAAACUCUUGUAAAAUUUGUGUAAUUGUUAAACCACUUCUUUUGAAGAGCAUGGGGAAGGGCAGGAAGGCAGUUUUAUCAAUAUUGGACUGUGUGCCAGCCCCCACAAAUUAGGCCAGAGGGUUUUUUAAUUUUUUUUUUAUAACAGUUGAACUUUUUUUUUUUUUUUUGGAGGUGCAGAUGGUUGUUUGUUUAAAUCACAUAGCUCAACUGAUGAUAAGUUAUUCUGUCAUUGUUACUAAGCUUAGCUUUUAAAUUAUGCUUUAUGGCUGUAUAAACAGCAUGAUUAAGUUCAUACAUUUAGAAAUUGUUUCAUUUUAAAAUUAAUUUGCUUAGCUAUGAGUUUGUUUUUUGAUGAUUAGAUAAAAUUUAAUGUAUAUUUAAGAGAUCAAUAUUUAAAAUGUUGGUCUAGGUUUUUUUCCUUAAAAUAUAAUACCUAGGCUUUACUGUAUCUCACUCAGCCUUAAAAUUAUAUUGUAACGUUUUAGAAUAAUUACUAUUAACUCUUUCUGAGAUCUUUUACAGCCUAAUAGAAAAUGUAUGGUAAAUGUUGGUAUUUUAUAUGUAUAAAAGCAACAUCAUCAGCAACCCCAUGUUUAUAUUGCACUUUGAUUGCUAUUGAUAUCACGUAAAAAAAAAGUAAGAUUUUUAUAUAACACAGAAAAAUGGAAGAAACUGAUUUCACGCCUAAGGACCAAAGAUAGGAAAGAUAAACUUUUGGCUCAAAACAGUGAAAGUAAUUAUAAAAGCAGGCUCUGACCACUUACCAAGGGUCUGAAGAGAUGAUGAGUUAUACUCUGAGUUAGAAAAUGGUCUGUUUCCCUUUUGGCAUAUGAUUAUUUCUGUUGAGGUUGAUACAGCUCUGCAGGUCCCCUUCAGUGUUUUCUUUGGAGCCAGUGUUCUUUUUAAAACCCCAGUCUUUGAUUUUUCAUCUAUUUGAGAUGCUCCCUUUUCUGUCUCCGUAUCAGAAUGGUCCAUACACUGCUUUGUCAUCUGGCAGAGGUGGGCCUCUGGCUCUGACUCUUUCUUGUCAGCAGUUAUAUUUGGGUGGUCCAGGAUCUUGGGCUCUUUUAAUUGCGUAGAGUAUUUAGCAGGAUCUUUAGGUUUCUUGUUCCCCCAUAGACAUUGCUCUAGUUUCUCUUUAGAGGAGACCUUCUUAAGAAAGUGAAUAUCUAGAGAAUCCUGCCCAGGUUAAUACUGUUGAUGGUGUAAGGGAGUAGUCAAACUAUUUGUAACCAGUUCUGAUAAUUUGGAAGAAUUGUCUGUUGUUGGUAGGCUGUCUUAGAGCCAGCCAGCCAGAGCACUUGGGAUAGGACCUUUCUGACCAAGUGAUUCACAGACUAUACAUUUCUUGUUCUUCUAGAUUUUUGAUUCAAGACUCUAGUGUUAAGGCAAUGAGCCCAUGCGUCAGGUCCUUCAGUACUUUGGUGGAGGUCCCUGGCCUAGGUUUUCUAUGUGAAACAAUGGAAUCAUGUUUCCAGUGAGACAAUUUAAUACUCCUUCCUUUUGAAAUUUCUCAUCUGCCAUAUGUGUGUUGUAGAUGGGUUUCAGCCACAUGAAUGUGCCUAAUGUGGUUCUCAAAAAUUGGUCUUUAUGGCCAGACACAGCCUCUGCUCUGUCUUACUAACUCAGGAUCAGAGUUUGGAUGCUAGUACCAGUGGUGAUGUUACCACUACCUACUUGGGAAAUAAUGAAACCAAUCAUGGAUGCUGUUUUUAUUGGGCGUGCCAUCUAAGAGAGGAGAAAUAGCCUGUGUCUUGGGUACAAGAAUAAAGACUGGUUCAAAGAUAACUAGGUUAGGGUAGGCAAGCUCUGGAAUUUCACAUCAGACUGUACCAUUGUCAUUUUAGGUAUCAUUUAGACCCAGGUGGGAUUCACAGUAAACCAUCUGGGCUACCUCAGGGUCCCCACUCUUGCAUUGGGCUUAUUUGAGUUUGACGGACACGUGCUCAGCUGGCCUCACCCAUAUAGCAUGUUGGCACUGAGCUUAAGCUCUGCUUGUUCUGAAGUUUCUCUUCCAUUUGUUUUAUUGGUGCAGAAGUGGGCCUCUUAACUGGCCACUUAAUCCUUUCUUUUUCAGAAAAAUAAUAUAUUCGCUGGUAUUUUUGGUCACUCUAGAACUUUUCUUCACGUUGUUUUUUAUGGGACCCAUAACUGAUUAGCUCCUCUCUUCUAUUGUAGAAGGAGUUAGGAGUAAAAAGACCAUUGUGGUAAAUAAUAAAAAGUUUAAGGAGAACUUGGGACCAAAACCACUGUUAGGUAUUGAAAAAGGCAAACUCAAUAAACUCAAAUUUAAAAUAAUUUUUUAUUAACAGCUAAGGUGAAUUUAACUUGUUAUAUUUUAUACAAAUAAACUGUUUAGAAUGGUUCUUAAAAUUUUUAAGGGAAAUGCACUUACAAUACAAGAAUUUUAUAAUUGCUAUACAGUCAUGCGCUGCAUAACGAUGUUUCGGUCAACGAUAGACCGCAUAUACAACGGUUUUCCUGUAAGAUUAGUACCAUAUAGCCUAGGUGUGUAAUAGGUUAUACCAUCUAGGUUUGUGGUAAGUACACUCGAUGAUGUUCGUACAAUGAUGAAAUCACCUACUGGUGCAUUUCUCAGAACGUAUCCCUGUUGUUAAGUGACGCAUGACUGUACUUAAAUUAUGUUCUGUUUGGGGACUGGGAAAUGUUUUUUUACAUUGUUUAUAGCCAAUCAUUUUUAUAUUUAUCAGUUUAAAUCCUGUGGGUCUUUUUUAUCUCUUUCAAUGUCAAAUUUUGUAGUCUUCUUUUUAAAUAAAUCCAUUUUAUUGUCCAUA